AUGGACCGUUUCGUGGUGCGCGGCGGGCGCGCCCCGGGGCGCCCCCGCGGCGCCGCCGCCCCCGGCGCCUCCCGGCAGGUCACGCUCGAGUCGCUCAAGAGGGUUGUGGUUGUGGAGGACAUAAAACGGUGGAGAUCUGUGCUCGAGCUGCCCGGGCAGCCGAAGGAGAACCUGCUGGAAGCGCUGCAGGAGCUGAACAAGAAGAUCCCGUCUAAGGAGGUGCUGCUUUCUACAAAAAUAGGGCACACAGUGAAUAAGAUGCGCAAACAUCCAGACCCCGAUGUGGCCGGCCUUGCACAGGGCGUUUACACCGAGUGGCGAACUUUCAUCAAGGAGCAUUCAAACAAACCCCCCAUAGAAGUCAGGAGUGACCCCAAGACUGAGGCUUUCAGGAAGAACGCRCGGAAGUUACUUUGCAAAGCCCUGGAUCUAGAGAUUGAUCACCCACUGGCAGAAAAUAUCGAGCGGGAAGCUUUUCAUGUCUCGUCGCGGCUCGUCGGCGCUGCGUAUCGCAGGACCGUGCGGGCUCUCGUCUUCUCAUUAACGCACAAGCCCGAGACACGGGCGGGCGUCAAGACGGGCGCGCUCGCUGUCCCUGCCUUUGUGCAGAGCCAUAAAAAGUGAUGCUGAGCGGGAAGCCCCCAUGUCUCUGCGGAGCUGGGAGCCCUCCCUGUGCCAGGAGCACAGAAGUGUUGACAAUGCAGCUUGCUUGGCACUGCCACGUGAACAGGACCACAACUGGAGCCAGGAACAAUGGAAGCGGUGCUGUAAAUCUGACCGGGGGGGGAAUCUUCCUGGGCUUCUUGCAAAGUUUCUUCUACUGUGCUGUGUAUUUGCCUGCUACAAAGCCAUCUUCGCUGACUCGCAUGUUUCUCACUUCUGCCACCGUUUGUCUUACUGCAGUUUGGCUGCAUCCCUGAUGUGGAUCUUCAGGUGUAAAUAUAAAGGAGCAGCUCUGUGCUGUAGCAGUAGAAAAUACUGGGAAUUCAGAGUGAUUCCUCUAAGAGAGGAGAGCACUAGUGGGUAACUGCGUGCUCUUAUUAGCCUUAAAUCAGCCAUAUCUGCUGCAGCUGGGUACUGAAUACAGGCAGGUGGUAGCUGUCUAGCCACACCGGCUGAGUUUCCCCUUGCUUCAUCCUUCCCUUGCUCCCGUUCCCAUAGUUGGACAUGAAAUGGGUUCCAGUGAGUUGCCAUCCAUCAUUCCAUAGCCUCAGUGACCUAACAAUUAUGGGCAUUUUCUGAAGCUCUGGGGUGGAAACACCCUGGAACAUAGGUGCUGUCCCGUGCCUCUUUGCUACUUAAUGAAGAGCUUGUUCAAACAUACAUACCUCRUUCAUGAUUUAAAUGUGGUGCUUGUUUGUACUGUAACAUGAAAACACUUGAAGUGAAAUUUCUGAGCUGAUAAGGAAAAUACUUCU